AUGAAGUUCUCCAUCAUUGCUUUGGCCUUGGGCCUGGUUUCUCUCGCUUCCGCGCGCAGAAGCCCCCAGCAUGUGGGCAAGAAGCUCCCACAGCUCAAGAGAGCCCCCGCGCCUCACGCAAAUCCUGUUGUGCCGGAGCUCGAGAAACGAGCCGCACCGCACAAGUUCUUGAAUAACGCGACUAAAAAAUAUGCGGUCAAUGGCACCGGGAUUCCUGACGUGGAUUUCGACGUGGGCGAAUCGUAUGCUGGCCUUUUGCCCAUCUCGAGUGAAAAGAAUGCUUCGGAGCUUUACUUCUGGUUCUUCCCUUCGGCGAAUCCGAAUGCGACGAAUGAGAUCUUGAUUUGGCUGAAUGGAGGUCCCGGGUGCAGCUCUUUGGAAGGCUUCCUGCAAGAGAACGGGCCUUUCCUCUGGCAAUAUGGCACCUUCAAACCGGUGCGCAACCAAUGGUCGUGGACAAAUCUGACAAACGUGGUUUGGGUUGAACAACCUGUUGGCACUGGCUUCACCCAAGGCACUCCGACGGCAACGUCCGAGAAAGACGUGGCUGCGCAGUUCCUCGGCUUCUUCAAGAACUUUGUCGAGCUGUUCUCGAUGCAAGGCUACACCGUCUACAUCGCAGGCGAGUCCUACGCGGGCUACUACGUCCCGUACAUUGCCGACGCCAUGUUCAGCAAGAACGACACCGAGUACUACAACAUUAGCUCGAUCAUGAUCUACGACCCGAGCUUGAGCUAUGAUGUUGUGCAAGAACACAUUCCGGUGACCUCGUUUGUCGACUACUGGCUUCCGCUCCUCGACCUCAAUGCCAGUUUCGUCCAGCAACUGCAUAACAUGUCCGAUGCUUGCGGAUAUACUGCAUUCAUGAAUGAGAAUCUCGUGUUUCCUCCCAAGGGACCCUUGCCGACUCCGCCAAAUGCCGAUCUCAGCGAUGACUCGUGCGAUACCUUCGAUGCGGUCUUCUUCGCUGCAUCCGCCAUCAACCCGUGUUUCGACAUCUACCAAGUGGCGACAACAUGUCCACUGUUGUGGGACGUGCUUGGUUUCCCCGGUUCUUUCGACUACGUGCCUCAGGGAGCCACGGUUUACUUCAACCGCAGUGACGUGCAGAAGGCCAUCCACGCUCCUCAGCAAGAGUGGCUAGAAUGCACCGACGUGAACGUGUUUGUCAACGGUACGGAUAACUCGCCACCGUCUGCUUUGAGCGUCCUGCCUGGGGUGAUUGAAAGCGCCGACCGGGUCAUCAUCGGGCACGGCAUUCUCGACAUGAUCCUGCUGUACAACGGGACUCUGCUCGCCAUCCAGAACAUGACCUGGAACGGAGCUCAAGGGUUCUCGGCUCCACCAUCACACUUUGGUGACAUGUACGUCCCAUACUACACCGAGUACGACUUCGAACUGGGCUCGACUGCAGGUUCGGGCUUCAUGGGCAAGUGGCAUACCGAACGAGGCUUGACCCUGGCCACGGUUGAACUUUCUGGACAUAUGAUCCCACAAUAUGCACCGUCUGCGGCUUACAGAAUGCUUGAGUUCUUGCUGGGCCGCAUUCCGACCCUGGGGACUGUUUCGCCGUUCACCACCCUGCAGAGCACGAGCUACUGA